AGGACAACGGGCGUCGCCGGCGCCGUGUGACUGAGGGCUGUGGGUGCUCUCCCGGCUCUUCGGCCAUGGUUUUCUCAAACAAUGAUGAAGGCCUUAUUAACAAAAAGUUGCCCAAAGAACUUCUAUUAAGAAUCUUUUCCUUCUUGGACAUAGUAACUUUGUGCAGAUGCGCACAGAUUUCCAAGGCUUGGAAUGUCUUGGCCCUGGAUGGAAGCAACUGGCAAAGAAUAGAUCUCUUUAACUUUCAGACAGAUGUUGAGGGUCGUGUGGUGGAAAACAUCUCGAAGCGAUGUGGCGGAUUCCUGAGGAAGCUCAGCCUGCGAGGCUGCAUUGGUGUUGGGGACGCCUCCUUGAAGACCUUUGCCCAGAACUGCCGAAACAUUGAACAUUUAAACCUCAACGGGUGCACGAAAAUCACGGACAGCACAUGUUACAGCCUUAGCAGAUUCUGUUCUAAGCUGAAACAUCUGGAUCUGACCUCCUGCGUAUCCAUUACAAACAGCUCCUUAAAGGGCAUCAGCGAGGGCUGCCGAAACCUGGAGUACCUGAACCUCUCUUGGUGCGAUCAGAUCACGAAGGAUGGCAUCGAGACAUUGGUGCGAGGGUGCCGCGGCCUGAAAGCCCUGCUCCUAAGGGGCUGCACACAGUUAGAAGAUGAAGCUCUGAAGCACAUUCAAAACUACUGCCAUGAGCUUGUGAGCCUGAACUUGCAGUCCUGCUCACGCGUCACGGACGAAGGUGUGGUGCAGAUAUGCAGGGGCUGCCGCCAGCUGCAGGCCCUCUGCCUCUCGGGCUGCAGCAGCCUCACCGAUGCAUCUCUCACAGCCCUGGGGUUGAACUGCCCAAGACUGCAAAUUUUGGAGGCCGCCCGAUGCUCCCAUUUGACUGACGCAGGCUUUACACUUUUAGCUCGGAAUUGCCACGAGCUAGAGAAGAUGGACCUUGAAGAAUGCAUCCUGAUAACGGACAGCACGCUCAUUCAGCUUUCCAUUCACUGUCCCAAGCUGCAAGCCUUGAGCUUGUCUCACUGUGAGCUCAUCACGGAUGAUGGGAUCCUGCACCUGAGCAAUAGCACCUGUGGCCACGAGCGCCUGCGGGUGCUGGAGCUGGACAACUGCCUCCUCAUCACAGACGCAGCCCUGGAGCAUCUUGAGAGCUGCCGAGGGCUGGAACGCCUCGAGCUAUACGACUGCCAGCAGGUCACUCGAGCAGGCAUCAAACGGAUGCGGGCUCAGCUCCCUCAUGUCAAAGUCCAUGCCUACUUUGCUCCCGUCACCCCCCCACCAGCUGUAGCAGGAGGUGGACAGCGACUCUGCAGAUGCUGUAUCAUUCUGUGAGAGCAGCGGCGGCCUGGGCCCAAGGAGUGAUGAAGGGUCUUCCUCCAGAAGACUAGAGACUUCCAAACUCUUCUACCAUCACCCAAACCUGUUGAUUCUCCAUUGGGAAAGCACUUACAGGUAAAGAACUUUGGUGUGGAUUGCAGGAACUCUGGCAAUAGCUUUCACCUGUACUUUGCUGUAAUGCAAUCAAAGCCAAGCCUUGUGUCAGCACAUGGCAAGAGUGGCCUAGUGUAGCCAAGACCACACAGGAAACCAGGAUCCCUUCAGAGGUGGGUACCUAGCCUUGGUGUAAUCCCUUACACAGAUUGUCAGUGUUAGCACAAAUUGAACAGCAAAACCACCUGGUGACUUUCUACCUGAUCCUUAAGCCAGUGGCCUACUUCCAUUUUGAUUAGCAGGACUUUUCCACUUUGUAGAUUAAAGAGCAACUUUAUCAAAGUGACUACUGCAAAUUCAUGAUGCCUGAUAGUUUUAUAUGUAGAAACCUAUGUGGAAGGCAUGUUAACAGAUUUAUGUAAAACACCAAAGAAAUGACUAAACUGGGUGAGGCAAGGUCUUCACCUUUCUGUUUGUAUCAACUGUUACAUCCACCUCCAGGGACCAAAAACUGAACAAAAGCAGUUAGGUUUGUGUUACAUAAUUGGGAAGAUAAAACACUCAUAUGCUAUAUAGCAUAUAAUGCAUUUUUGUUUUUUGUUAAGGGGGGGAAGCCAAUUAUGCCCACACUUCUCAAAAAAUUUAGGAGAUCUUAAAUAUGGGAUAAAAGCUUAAAUUACAAUCAAUUAAAAAAUGAUGGAUGGAUGCAUGUAGAAUGGAUGUGAUUUUAGAUAUCAGGCUACACAAGAAUAAUUUAAAAACUUUAUAUACUUAUAACUCAGACAAGUAGUGUUGGUGUCUUUUAGACUCAAAAUGAAUAAACCAUUGAAAUGCCUAACAGAAUUACAUCAAAAGGUGUUACUGUAAUCUUUCUUCCAUUCAGAAAGCUAAGCAAAAUGAUUUCCAAAUUCAGACCUAGUUACCUUAUUUUGAUGAAUUCUUGCUCUGUGUUGUCCACAUUUGUGACCUUUAUUAAGAUUAGAACUCACCACCACCUUCAUUGUUUAGGUAUUAAUGGUAGCUGACCCUUCCUAGCAACCAGUCCCCAACCUGAAGGGCUGAGAACUUGUGAGAAGUACAACAGGAAAAAUGAGAGGUCUUCUAUGACUGAGCAAUUAAGAAGUGUGUUUAAAGACACACUGCCACAGCUACAUUGUAGGUGGAAAAGGCAGACCCAUACAUGCCUGCCACGCUGACUCAGCAGGAUCACCAGAGUAUUAAAAAGCUGAUGACUUUUAUCGCCUUUUGAUAUGUUCCAGUAUUCCCUGAUUUAAGUUGUAUGAAUGCCAUAGCAGUUAUUUAAAUACAUACCCUGCAGGAUGUAUGACUGAUGCUGGA